CAGUCUGCGCCGGGCGGCUGUGGCGGCAGAGCCCCGAACAUGGCGGCUUCGGCGGGCGGCUUCGGGCCCGAGCGGGAGGCCGAGCCGGCCAAGGAAGCGCGCGUCGUGGGCUCCGAGCUCGUGGAUACGUAUACGGUUUACAUCAUCCAGGUCACUGAUGGCGGCCACGAGUGGACGGUCAAGCACCGCUACAGCGACUUCCAUGAUCUGCAUGAAAAGCUUGUCACGGAGAGAAAGAUUGAUAAGAAUCUGCUUCCGCCCAAGAAGAUAAUUGGGAAGAACUCACGGAGCUUGGUGGAGAAACGGGAGAAGGAUCUGGAGGUGUACCUGCAGACGCUCCUGGCUGCCUUCCCUGCUGUGGCCCCCAGGGUGCUGGCCCACUUCCUGCAUUUUCAGUUCUACGAGAUAAAUGGCAUCACUGCGGCACUGGCUGAAGAGCUCUUUGAGAAAGGAGAACAGCUCCUGGGGGCUGGCGAGGUCUUUGCCAUCAGGCCCCUGCAGCUCUACGCGGUUACCCAGCAGCUACAGCAGGGAAAGCCCACGUGCGCCAGUGGGGAUGCCAAGACCGACCUUGGGCACAUCCUGGACUUCACCUGUCGCCUUAAGUACCUUAAGGUUUCUGGCACAGAAGGACCUUUUGGGACCAGCAACAUUCGGGAGCAGCUGCUGCCGUUUGAUUUAUCAAUCUUCAAGUCUCUGCAUCAGGUGGAGAUCAGCCACUGUGACGCUAAGCACAUCCGAGGGCUGGUCGCCUCAAAGCGCAGCUUGGCUACGAUGAGCGUCCGUUUCUCGGCGACCUCCAUGAAGGAAGUCCUUGUUCCUGAAGCCUCAGAGUUUGAGGAGUGGGAACCAGAAGGUGCAGACCUGGAAAGCCCCGUGACUGCCAUCAUCCCCACCUGGCAAGCUUUGACCACCCUCGACCUGAGCCACAACAGCAUCUCCGAGAUCGACGAGUCUGUGAAACUGAUCCCAAAGAUUGAGUUUCUGGACUUGAGUCACAAUGGAGUACUGGUCGUGGACAACCUGCAGCACCUGUACAACCUUGUGCACCUGGACCUGUCCUACAACAAGCUGUCCUCCUUGGAAGGGGUUCACACCAAAUUGGGGAACAUCAAGACUCUGAACUUGGCGGGCAACCUCCUGGAGAGACUGAGUGGCCUGCACAAGCUGUACUCGCUGGUCAACCUGGACCUCAGCGACAACCGAAUCGAGCAGAUGGAGGAGGUCAAGAGCAUAGGCAGCCUCCCGUGCCUGGAGCGCGUGGCUCUGCUGAACAACCCCCUGAGCAUCAUCCCCGACUACCGGACCAAGGUGCUCGCUCAGUUCGGAGACAGGGCCUCCGAGGUCUGUCUGGAUGACACAGCGACCACGGAGAAGGAGCUGGACACGGUGGAAGUGCUGAAAGCGAUUCAGAAGGCCAAGGAGGUCAAGUCCAAACUGAGCAAUGUGGAGAAGAAGGUGGGUGAGGAUCCCCGGCUCAGACCCAGCGGCUCGCCCCCCACCGUGGCUCCUGCCUCCACCUCCCUGCCCCAGCCCAUCGUCUCCAGCCAAGGAAUCAUGUUCGUGCAGGAGGAAGCCCUGGCCAGCAGCCUCUCGUCCACCGACAGCCUGACUGCUGAGGACCGGCCCAUUGCCCGGGAGUGCUCUGAGUCCUUGGAGUCCCUCCCUGCAGGACAGGCAGCUUGUGACGAGCUCAGGGACGUGCCGGGAGCCGUUGGCGGUGCAAGCCCGGAGCACGCGGAGCCAGAGGUGCAGGUGGUGCCUGGGUCCGGCCAGAUCAUCUUCCUGCCCUUCACCUGCAUCGGCUACACGGCCACCAACCAGGACUUCAUCCAGCGCCUGAGUGCGCUGAUCCGGCAGGCCAUCGAGCGGCAGCUGCCUGCCUGGAUCGAGGCUGCCAACCGGCGCGAGGAAGGCCAGGGCGAGGAGGAAGAUGAGGAGGAAGAGGAGGACGUUGCUGAGAACCGCUACUUUGAGAUGGGGCCCCCUGAUGCUGAGGAGGAGGGAGAGGAAGAGGGUGGCCAGGGGGAGGAGGAGGCGGCGGCGGCGGCCGAGGAGGCGCGCCUGGCUCUGGAGUGGGCGCUGGGUGCAGAUGAAGACUUCCUGUUGGAGCACAUCCGGGUCCUCAAGGUGCUGUGGUGCUUCCUGAUCCACGUGCAGGGCAGCAUCCGCCAGUUCGCCGCCUGCCUCGUGCUCACGGAUUUCGGCGUGGCCGUCUUCGAGAUCCCGCACCAGGAGUCCCGAGGCAGCAGCCAGCACAUCCUCUCGUCCCUGCGCUUUGUCUUCUGCUUCCCGCACGGCGACCUCACCGAGUUCGGCUUCCUCAUGCCGGAGCUGUGCCUGGUGCUGAAGGUGCGGCACAGCGAGAACGCGCUCUUCAUCAUCUCGGACGCCGCCAGCCUGCACGACUUCCACGCCGACCUGCGCACCUGCUUCGCCCCGCAGCACAUGGCCAUGCUCUGCAGCCCCGUCCUCUACGGCAGCCACACCAGCCUGCAGGAGUUCCUGCGCCAGCUGCUCACCUUCUACAAGGUGGCCGGUGGCUGCCAGGAGCGCAGCCAGGGCUGCUUCCCCGUCUACCUGGUCUACAGCGACAAGCGCAUGGUGCAGACAGCCGCCGGGGACUACUCGGGCAACAUCGAAUGGGCCAGCUGCACACUCUGCUCGGCCGUGCGCCGCUCCUGCUGCGCGCCCUCCGAGGCCGUCAAGUCCGCCGCCAUCCCCUACUGGCUGCUGCUCACACCCCAGCAUCUCAACGUCAUCAAGGCCGACUUCAACCCCAUGCCCAACCUCGGCACCCACAACUGUCGCAACCGCAACAGCUUCAAGCUUAGCCGCGUGCCGCUGUCCACGGUGCUGCUGGACCCCACGCGCAGCUGCACCCAGCCACGCGGGGCCUUCGCCGACGGCCACGUCCUCGAGCUGCUCGUAGGCUACCGCUUCGUCACCGCCAUUUUCGUGCUGCCCCACGAGAAGUUCCACUUCCUGCGCGUCUACAGUCAGCUGCGGGCCUCGCUGCAGGACCUGAAGACCGUGGUCAUCGCCAAGAGCUCUGCCACCAGUGCCAGGUCCCAGAGCCCCCGGGGAGACAGCCAGCCUGCCAAGGGCAGGGCCAGCAAUGACCAGGAGGCCCCAGCCCCAGCCCCAGCCGAGGUCCCAGCAGAGGCUCCAGCUCCACCCCCAGCCCCUGCAGGGGCCUCAACCCCAGACCCGCCAAAGGCUCUGGCUCCGGCUCCGGCUCCAGCCCCAGCAGAAGCCUCAGCUCCAGCUUCGGUUCCGGAGGAGACCCCAGCUUCUCCAGCCCCAGUGAGGGGUCUGGCACAAGCCGAGAGCCCCACCCAGUACCCGAGUGAGCACCUGCUCCAGGCCACCUCGGAGGAGAACCAGAUCCCCUCGCACCUGCCCGUGUGCCCGGCGCUCCAGCACAUCGCCAGCCUGCGAGGGGGCGCCAUCCUCGAGCUCUUCCACAGCAGCAUCGCCGAGGUAGAGAACGAGGAGCUGCGGCACCUGCUGUGGUCGUCCGUGGUGUUCUACCAGACCCCCGGGCUCGAGGUGACUGCCUGCGUGCUGCUCUCCACCAAGGCCGUGUACUUCGUGCUGCACGACAGCCUCCGCCGCCACUUCUCAGAGCCGCUGCAGGAUUUCUGGCAUCAGAAAAACACCGACUACAACAACAGCCCCUUCCACAUUUCCCAGUGCUCUGUGCUGCGGCUCAGCGACCUGCAGUCGGUCAACGUGGGGCUCUUUGACCAGCACUUCCGGCUGACGGGCUCCUCCCCGCCGCAGGUGGUCACGUGCGUGACGAGGGACAGCUACCUGACGCACUGCUUCCUGCAGCACCUCAUGGCUGCGCUCUCCUCGCUGGAGCGCACGCCCUCGCCGGAGCCCGUGGACAAGGACUUCUACUCGGAGUUCGGGAACAAGGCCACAGGGAAGAUGGAGAACUAUGAGCUGAUCCACUCUAGCCGUGUGAAGUUCACGUACCCCAGCGAGGAGGAGAUCGGGGACCUGAUGUUCAUCGUGGCCCAGAAGACGGCCGAGCCGGAGAAGGCUCAGGGCCUCAGCAUCCUGCUGUAUGUGCAGGCCUUCCAGGUGGGGCCACCGGCCCCUGGGCACUGCAGGAGCCCCCUGCGCCCCAAGACCCUGCUGCUGACCAGUGCCGAGAUCUUCCUCCUGGACGAGGACUGUGUCCACUACCCGCUGCCUGAGUUUGCCAAGGAGCCGCCACACAGGGACCGGUACCGGCUGGACGACGGCCGCCGUGUCCGGGACCUGGACCGCGUGCUCAUGGGCUACCAGACCUACCCGCAGGCCCUCACCCUGGUCUUUGACGACGUGCAGGGCCACGACCUCAUGGGCAGCGUCACCCUAGACCACUUUGGGGAGGAGCCGGGGAGCCAGGCCAGGGCUGGCCAGGGCCAUGAGGUCCAGUGGCAGGUGUUUGUCCCCAGUGCCGAGAGCCGAGAGAAGCUCAUCUCGCUGCUGGCCCGCCAGUGGGAGGCCCUGUGUGGCCGAGAGCUGCCCGUGGAGCUCACUGGCUAGCCUGGGCUCCCGCCUGCUCUGGCUGGCCAGGCUUUCCUCAUUCCUCUCAAAGUGUUGUCGCCUCCCGUGUGGUACCUUAAGUUGGCUGUCCUCGCCGAGAAUGUGAAUGUCGUCAGUUUGUUGUCUGUAAGGCCGGGGGGAGCCCGCAGGGCCGUCCGGCAGCCCCCGUGGCCCUGUCGUCUGUCUCCGGCCUGCGGCGUGGCAGGCACCCAGCGGCGUGUCUUGUGAUCCCGUUGUGAGCACGUGCACCGUGGCUGUGUGUGACUCUCACACGUCUUUCCUGAAGCGUCCUGUCCAGUCCUUCGUCGCCGUCGCUGUCACUGUGGACGAUUGUUGCUCACGAUGCUGGGGGCGGGAUGCGCACGAGCGCUCUCCCCAGGUGCAGGCCUCCCCUGGUGCAGGGGGAGAGCCCUGGGGGCAGGAGUGCCCCGGCUUGGGGCUGAGAGGGGUGGGCAGCACCAAGUGUGAUUCCCGCUGCCUGUUUUCUCUAUUCCAAUAAAGCAGAGUUUGAC